UUAACAUUGAUAUAAUGAGUUUAAUCUGAAUAAUUUUUUGAGAAAAUUAUAAAAAUGUGUGAAUAUGAUAAUAUAAAGUACCACUUUUGAUUAGUUGAUUUUGAAAAAAAAGUUGAUGUAACAUCCCAAGCAUAUACCUGCUUUAAAUACAUAAUUUUGGUUUUGUACAAAACUUAUAUUGUUUUUGAGCUAGGUUGUUCACACUCAUGCAUGGUGCUUUGGACUCAGAGAAGCUCAAUUUUUCAUUUCAUUGAAUUACUAUAUAUACUAUAUAUUCAUGCUUUGUCUUGCUGUAUGUUUCAUAUAAAGGAAAGCAAAAGUCAAAAAAAGGAAGGCACAUGCAUUUAAUGUAUAUUACUAUCCAUUUCCAGUUGUUAUUACUUCCUAAGGUCCUGGCAUUUCAUUAUUUUUGCCUGGCUGUUUGCUUUUUUCUCUCAUCUUGAGCUUUCCCUGGAGUUAAGCUCUAUAAUAUUUUUUCUUCACUUCAAACUUGAAAACCUUAGUUGUUUAGAUCCUAAUAAAGCAAAUAUAUCAUAUUGUCAACAUCAUGUUCUUAGCACCAAGAUAUCAUUGUCAAAACAUAAACCAAUUCUUCUGUUGGAUAAGUAAGUUUUAUUUUUUCAUCUUCAUCCAUCUAAUCAUUAUUUUCUUAACAAGUUAGCUCUGAUAAUUUUUGAGUUUUUCUAAUUCUGGAAGAUGUUUCAAACUAAUUCCAAUCUUUUAAAUAAAAAUCAAGAUUAGAUAGAUUGUUGUUUGAAUAAUUGAUGCUCUACUACUGUAUUUGACAACUAAAGUGAAAUAAAUUUACAUUAUUAGUGGUUCAGUCCAAAUUAGAUUCCACAAUAAUCUGUUGCCAGGUCCACAAUUAAAUUGUUUGUUUACAGAAAAAUAUUGGCCUAUUAAGUUUCUCGCAUUUGAUCAUCGUAAGGUCCUUUUUUAAUUUACUUAUGAUAAACAUUGAAGAGAAGAUUAAUUAUGAUUCAAAAACAUAUGUUUUAAGAUGUAACUUGUAAACUUAAAAAAAAAAAAAGUAAAAAUAAAAAAAUAUGGAAAGUAUUUUAAACUUCUAAUUACCAAAAUUCAUUAUAUAAUUUUACUAAAAAACAAAUGAAUAUGGGCUCCUCAGUCUAUGAUCCUGAUAUAUUGACAAAAGAUUUGCAAAGACAACAAUUUAUUGAGAGGGCAAGAUCCCUACUGAAUAAGCCAAAGUAUACCAAUGAAGAUUUCAAAAUACCAUUAUUUCAAGCUGCUGUUUCGAGUACAAUAUGUGAAAGGUCAUCACCAUUUGAGAACAAAUACCCUGUGCCUGGGAAGAUAGGCCUCUACGAAGGGAGUUAUUCUGACCAAUUGUUGGGAUCCAAUUCUUCAGUUCAAAGCAGUGCUAGAGAAGCUGCUUUAGUAGAAAAAAUAAGAAAACUUGAAGACCGAUUGGGUAUAACCUCAGCUCAGAUCAGAGAAUCACAAGCUUCUAAGCAGUUCUUAAAAGCAAAACUUAAAUUACUCGAAGAAAAGGUACAGGAAAAGAUUAAUAGUGCGCGAGAGCCGGUGGAAUCAUUAGAAGUUAAACAACUGAAUCAGCUAACUGCCUAUGCUAAAGAAACACUGGAGAGGUUGAAAACUUUGAGGGGACUUCAGAUGCAAGAACGUUGCAUGAAAGAGAGCUAUAAGCAAGUUGAGAAUAUGGCGGUACCCGGUUCUCCUUUAAUGAAAUAUCCGCCUGGAUUCAAUUCGAACUUCUCAUUUGCUAACCAUUAAACUUGUUCCAUGUGAUUAAAUUAAUUAAUUCAUAAACCUGAUUAGUUAGAAAAGAAAAGUAUAUCUUUAAGUUGAUUUGUAUUACAUGGAGCGCACACUUUAAUAAAUCACCGUCUUUUCAACUUACAAUUAGUGCCGCGUGAAUUCAUACUCGAGCUGCUAUGAUCUAACUGUUAACUGUUAACAGUAAGAAUAAGUAAUAUAUAUGUAUAUACACU